UACAUGGAGAAUAGAAACAAUGUGACAGAGUUUGUUCUACUGGGGCUCACAGAGAAUUCAAAGAUGCAGAGAAUUGUAUUUGCUGUAUUUUUUGUCAUCUAUUCCAUCACUGUAGUAGGAAAUGUGCUCAUUGUAGUCACCAUCAAUGCCAGCCCAUCAUUGGGGUCCCCCAUGUACUUUUUCCUGGCUUAUCUCUCCUUUAUUGAUGCCUGCUAUUCCUCUGUCAAUACUCCCAAACUGAUCAUAGAUUCACUCCAUGAAAAAAAGACCAUUCUAUUCAAUGAAUGUAUGACCCAAAUCUUUGGGGAACAUUUCUUUGGAGGUGCUGAGGGCAUCCUGCUUACUGUGAUGGCCUAUGACCGCUACGUGGCCAUCUGCAAGCCCCUGCACUACACAACCAUCAUGAAUCGGCGGGUGUGUGGACUAUUAGUUGGAGUGGUAUGGGUGGGAGGCUUUCUUCAUGCAACCAUACAGAUCCUCUUCAUCUUUCAAUUACCCUUCUGUGGCCCUAACGUCAUAGACCACUUUAUGUGUGAUCUGAACCCUUUACUCAAUCUUGCCUGUACUGAUACCCACACCCUAGGACUCUUUGUUGCUGCCAAUAGUGGGUUCAUCUGUCUGUUAAACUUCCUCCUGUUGAUGGUCUCCUAUGUGGUCAUUCUGCACUCUCUAAGAACCCACAGCUUGGAGAAAAGACGCAAGGCCCUCUCUACCUGCAUCUCCCACAUCACAGUGGUCUUCUUAUUCUUUGUGCCCUGCACAUUUGUGUACAUGAGACCCGCAGCUACUUUAUCGAUUGAUAAAGCAGUUGCUGUGUUCUACACAAUCAUAACUCCCAUGUUAAAUCCAUUAAUCUAUACCUUGAGAAAUGCCCAGAUGAAAAAUGCCGUUGGGAAACUGUGUAGUAGCAAAGCUAUUUUAGGUGAUAAAUAA